AUGGACCUGCCCAGCGAGCUCCGAGUGCUGACCCUAAACUGCUGGGGACUCAAAUUCAUUUCCAAGCUCCGUACUGAGCGUCUCUCAGAAAUAGGCCGGCGCGUCGCCUCCCUCCCAAACCCACCGCAUAUUGUUGCGCUGCAAGAAUGUUUUGUAACUCAAGACUUCGACUCCAUCCGUGCCUCGUGCGCCUCCAUCCUCCCCCAUGCCAAGUUCUACUACGGAGGCGCAUUCGGCGGAGGUCUCGCCAUCCUAUCUCGCUGGCCCAUCGAAGAAAGUUCCGUGCAUCGCUACCCUCUCAACGGCCGUCCGACAGCGUUCUGGAGGGGAGAUUGGUACGUGGGAAAAGGGGUUGCUUGUGCCCAAAUCCGCAUCCGCAUAUCCGGCCCUGGCGGAGAACCUAAGGAGCAAAUGCUGAGCAUCUUUAACACCCACACGCACUCGCCCUACACCGAAAACCAGCCGGGAGACAGCUACCUCGCUCACCGCCUUGCCCAGGCCUGGGAAAUGUCCAAACUGCUCCGGGGCGCCGCGCAAAAGGGCCACCUUGUCCUCGCGUUGGGCGACUUUAACAUGCGGCCGCUGAGUCUCCCGCACAAAACCAUCACUGCUCACGCGCCUGUCCGCGACAUUUGGCGUGUUCUCCACCCCGAUUCAUCCCUAGGGGCGGUGGAAGAUCCUCUAGAGAAGCCAAGGGCCAAGCAGCCUCCCACGGCAGAGUUUAAUCUUCGCGAGAACGGCGCCACGUCUGACGGGUCCUACAACACUUGGAGGUGGCCUAAAGAGCUGCAGAAGAAGCUGGGCGAGGGAAAGAAGCCUAUCGUGGUUGCUCCGGAUACGAUUGAUCUCAAAGGGAAGCGGCUGGAUUACAUCUUCCUUGGAAGCCCACCAUCUCAAGAUGGUGGAGGUUGGGUUGUUAGGGAGGCCCAAGUAGGUAUGGUUGAGCCGCAUCCCACGCUUGGGUGUUCUCUCAGCGACCACUUCUCCGUCGAAGCGACGCUGGUAUACCACGAUCCAAGCCCUGGUGGAAACAACAAGUCAUCUGCGAAUACCUUGCUCUCCGCUCAACUCGAGCCUAUCACUACUAAUGAUGUGUAUCUUUCAGGUGAUGAAUACGAGAAGAUUCUGUCCGUGACACGCGAAUACGUGCAGCGCGAAGAGAAGCAGCGUUACUGGAGGGGCCUGCACUUCUUCGCCUGGUUUUUUGUUCUAAUCGCAUGCCUAGUUGGCGUGUGGUUCAGCCCGUACAAUUUUGUAGCUUUCAUACUCAUGCUUUUGAGCAGCUUGGGAAUGGUUGCUGGUGUUGUCGAUGGUCUCAUGUCCCUGUUAUUCUUCAACUCCGAGCUGAGAGCUCUCAAAGAGUUUGAAUGGGAGAUAAACAACGUGAAAACAAGGGCCCAUCAUAACUCUUCUGAGCCCCGAAGAGAAACGAAGAUUUAA